ACUUCUAGAUUCUACAGUAGACUGAGCCCGGGGAUGGACAUUGGCUGUGGGCACAAGCCAUGAAACGGGGUGGGAGUUUCCAGAGUAAUGAUGUAUGGGUGUUGGUGCAGUUCGGCAGAGCACAAGAUCUCGCUUAAGUCGAGCCAACGCUGGUGCUGCAUGCUGCACCAACAACUGUCGCUCAGCAAUGGGCAGUGCUGGAGCCACAAGGCGGUGGCCAGGCUGACGCCGGCAAUGCCGACAUGUCUCUGGAGCUACGAAAGGGUGACCAGGUUGACGCCGGCACUGCCGACAUGCCUCCGGAAUUCGAGGUGCUCUAUACAUAUAGACUCGUGCCUCGCAUUGCAGCGGGCUGGGGAAGGAGAAGCCGCGCGGCCGAUUCUGCAACAUGCCCGUGAUUCCAUGCGUGGGUGCAAAAGCGAGGGCUCGAGCCCCGAAACUGCCUGGUGCGCGGUGCCGCUAGUAGCGAGUCACGUGCUACCGAACCACGUGCGGCCUCUUUCCUGCAUCUCGCGCCAGGGCCCUGUCCCGACCUCCGACACCGGCCAGCUACCGCUUGCACCUUCACCGUGGCACCCAGCAGACGCUGCUAGGUCCCUGUUCUGACCCCCACUGCCCUCCCAGCUGGUCACGCUCCAGCGUCCGCGUGACCUUAGGGCUGGACCCCUAAGAUAAGGUGCCGAUAAGCCAACCCCGCCAUAGAA